AUAUAUUUCACAACUUCUCCUAGUAAAAAAAAAAGUAAACCACAAUUUAAACCAUCUCUACUUUUUAUUUGGUACACUUUCUCUUCGAAAAGUCUUUAAAUCGAUCGACGUUAUCGCGUUCGAAUCACUCAUUGUGUAUAUACAUAUACCUGCAUACAUAUACCGUAUAUUGAUGACAUGUGCCACACGAUAGAACGAUAAAAAGAAAGAAUGAGCAGAAAAAUCUUAAUCAGUGAAACUACUGUACAAUUAUUUCAACGUUUUUUCACAGUUGUAUCGACGACUUACAUACCUGUACUCGUACUCGCAAUACAUCCUUUUAAUAAACAGGAUGUUUUUUCAUUGACGUUCCAUACGCAUUUAACAUAACGUUUAUACAGAUACUAUUCGUAUCUGGAUAUAUUGAUCGAAGUGGAAAGCGUACAAAUAAUCGACCGAAAAUAACAAUAAGAGAAUCAUUUUUCAUUCUUCAUGAACGAAAUAACAAAUUUUGACGAUUUCUUCGAAUCACUGUCAGUGGAAGAUAUCUCACCUAAACAUGAAAAUACAAUUGAUUUUAAAAUUGCCCGAGAAGUAAAUAAACUCGAAGAAUGUAACCUCUCUGAAGAAUCCAUUCAAGAUUAUCCAUCACCAGAAAAAUAUGAAAAUGCAGUAGACGCUCCGGAAUACAAUGUUGAGGAUUGUAAUGAUGCAUUGAAUUUGAAUAAGCAACUAAUCUCUUCUCUGUUGGAUUUAAAAAGACACAUAAACUUUGCGCUUCAGAAAUGUGAAAAAAAAUUGGCAGUAAUAGAAACGAGUUUACAGAAACACGCAGUUGGAGAUGCAAAAGUUUUAGUUUGCAAUGCUGGUAUACCUUACUUCAAAGAUAGAAAUUAUUUUUUUCCAACCAAUAAUGAAGAUGAAAUAAUAAAGGAAAGUCAAAAAGAACUGCAGCUCAGAAACCUGCCUAAAGUUUGUCCAUGGACGAUGAAAGAAAGAAAUACGCUGCUGGAUGCAGUCAAAGAAGAGGCUUAUGCGAAUGUACUGUGCCCUCAAAAGGAAGAUGAUGAAUUAGUCGAUGAUGCAUCAGUUGAUUCCUCCCACAAUAUCAAAUACAAAAAGAAGAAUGAUACAUUCCCUACAGAUUUUUCAGCUUUGAUCGGUCCAUUGAAAGAAAAAGAAUUUGAUUGGUUUAAAAUAUCAUCUAUUCACUUUGAUGAUAUACAUUCUUCACUCGAUUGUCGCGUUAUGUGGAAUGUAUUUCUUCAUCCUGACAUCAAUAAAAAUGUUUGGACAAAGUUGGAAGAUGUUAAAUUAAAAGAAAUAGCGAAGAAACAUAAGUUUCAAAACUGGGACAAAAUUGCAGAAGAAUUAGAUACAAAUCGUACAGCAUAUCAAUGUUUUAUCAGGUAUAAUACUACUAAAAAAUUGCCUAAAGUUCAAAAUUGCACAUGGAAACCAGAAGAGGAUGAAAGACUUUUAAAACUGGUGGAAAUAUUCCAAAUUGGUGAUUUUAUUCCUUGGGGUGAGGUAGCCAAUUGGGUACAAAAUAGAACUAAACAGCAAACUUAUUUCAGAUGGACAUACAGUAUAGCACCUUAUUUAACCAAGGGUAGAUUCACUAAAAAUGAAGACAGACUUUUAAAAGAUGCAGUCAGCAAGUUUGGUACAAACUUUCGUAAAAUAUCUGCAGCAUUGAUGCCUAACAGAUCAACUGUUCAACUUCAUGAUCGUUAUGAAACAUUAACCAACAAUCAGAUUGAAAAUUGGAGGGUAUGGACGUUUGCAGAAGAUUCUAAAUUGAUGGAUCUCUAUGCACGCUUUGGUCCAAAUUGGUCAAGAAUAGCUAAAGCAUUUUCGCAUAAAACGAGAACUCAGCUAAGACAUCGGCACGCUGCUUUGCAGAAGCACAUUAAAAGAGGCAAAAUUUCUAUGGUUGAUUUACGUAGAAAGCAGUAUUUGAAUGCAAAUGAGGUAAAAAAACCACAGACAGAAGAGGUAUCGUGCAACAAUACGUUUGAUCAUAGAAUAGGUUCGUUCAAUAAACACGAUAACAAUGACUACGAUGUCGAUGAUGACAACGACGAUGAUGAUGACAAUGACAUUGAUAAUAACGACGACGACGAUGAUGUCGAUGAUAACAACGUAGAUAUAGAAUUGAUCAAAUAUUUUCAUGAAAAGCAACAAACCAAACCUACUCGGAAGACUAAGUUUUAUACUAGCGAAGAGUUAAUGCGCGAUACAAAAAAUUUAUACGAUAUUUUACAACAAUUAAAUGCUAAGCUUUUCAUACCUGAUAAUGUCACUGCUAUUGAUUUAAAUGACAGAGAUCAACAACUUUUAUGUUCGUUGAGAGAAUACGCUAUACUGAAGUCUGAUCAAGAAAAACGCUGCGAACUUAUAGAUAAAUAUAGUUUACGCAUGUUCGGAGAAAAUCAUAAUAAACAAGGAGGUUCUUAUUUUAUACCGCCUCCUCCUUUUGAUUCGCGAGUAAAGUUAAAGAAAUCUGUGGCAAAUAACUGCAUCGAUUACAAUUUAGAUAUAAAUAAUAAGUUCUUGCUCGAAAAACCAAUAGAAAUGGAUACUCCACAUUUCGUUAUUUCUCAAAUUGGUGGUCACGAGCAACAAUUACAGUUUCAAAAGAUUAGCCGGUGCUUUCGAGUAACCAAUGCCAGCGAUAAAUGGUGUUAUCUUCGAAAUAUUCCAAUACGUCACCAUCAGCGCAAUAAUGAUAAUAGUAUCAAUAGGAACGAUUCGAACGGCAAUAAAUUGAACAAGAAUGGACCAACACAUUUGGAUUACGAACACAUUACCAUGUUUAAUAAAUUAUCCGACAGAAAGGACCCCGAUACUCGUAGGUGCGCCAAAUUACAAAAUAAACAUAAAAAAUCGCGCGUGCAAAUUGUUCAGAAAAAUUACUCGUUAUUUAAUAUGCCUGAAGAAACGUAUUCGUUGCCUACCUCCGAAACGGAAGUAACCACGGACAAAGAUGUGCCCGCGAUACAAGCAACCCAUGCGACUGUAUCUAGUUUGAAGAAUAUAAUAGUUUCAAGACGAUCGACUGAAAAAUAUAUGAGAUUAAAUAAGUGUAUAGCACAACGCUCGUACAGAGGUCAAGAAGCCCUUAAGUUAUUAGAAACGCGUUUAGAACAAUUAUUUCGUUAUCCGAUAGGUUUGUCAAAGACAGCGUUGCCAGAAGUGUAUGUGAUAGAUACGAUGGAGGACAUAAACUCAGAACAUGGAAAGAGAAAAACGUCCGAGGUGUCAGAUAUAUUAGAACUAUCAAAUAAAAAAGUUACGAACGUUAGAUAAAAUUAAUAAAAAUCUAAACCAAUAACAAGGCCAUUUCGCCUUCUAUAGUUGUUUCGUUCAUCCUUUAUCAAGUACGAUACUGAUACGAAACUGAAGUAUCCCUUCUCUGUAAUAACGGUACACCAAUUUUAUACCUGAAAGUGAGAAUAAAUCUAUCAUUAAUUCUA